AUGCCAAGCCUCCCUCUCACUGAGCGCCUCAGAUUCGCCGUCGUCGCCUUCCUCUGGGCCAAGCUGCUUCUCAAGUCGAUGCACAUGUACAGCGAGGCCAAGAAGUACUUCGUCUCGCCGGGCGAGAAGGAACCUGACCUGGUCAAGACCUACCCUGUGCGCAAGUCUCUGGCCGUGCGCAUCUUCUUCCCGCCCAACUACGACCGCUCCAACCCGUCGCCCCGAUCGGCCAAACUGCCCACCCUCCUGACCAUCCACGGCGGCGGCUUCGUCAUCGGCCAGCCGAACGACAACGACAGCUGGAACCGGGCGUUCGCCAAGCGGCACUCCUUCCUCGUGGUGGCGCUCAACUACGCCAAGGCGCCGGCCAGCCCGUUCCCCAACGCGGUCCACGACAUCGAGGCGCUGGUGGCCUGCGUCCUGGCCGACAGCACGCUCCCCGUCGACACCGAGCGCGUCGCGCUGGGCGGCUGGUCGGCGGGCGGCAACCUGGCGCUGGCGGCGGGCUCGCUGCCGUCGCUGCGGGGGCGCCUGCGCGCCGUCGUGCCGUUCUACCCGGUCGUCGACUUCGUGCCGAGCUUCGCCCUUAAGGCGCGCGCGCGCCGCUACAAGCCGUCGCUGGGCGGCUUCCGCGCGCGCGAGACCGACUUCCUGCUCUCCAUGACCGACCUGUUCACCUGGGCGUACGUGCCCGCCGGCCAGCGCUGCGACAACCCGCUGCUGAGCCCCUUCUACCUGUCGCGCGCCGACCUGCCGCCGAACAUCUUCAUGGUCGCCUGCGAGCUGGACAUGCUGUCUAUCGAGGCGUGGCGCAUGGCGUGCAAGCUCGCCGGCAAGCGGGUGCCCGGCCUGGACGAGGUGGUCGGCUGCCAGGAGCCGGUCGGCAAGGGGGUGCUGAUUACCGAGGGCGAUGAGCGGUUUGCCUGGGAGGUGACGCUGGAGGACGGGUCGCGGUACAAGUGGCUACUGGUUCCAGACACGAUUCAUGGCUUUGACCAGGACCAUAUCGGGGAAUUUACUAAAGACCCGGUGCUCCAGGAGGAUGCGCAGAUCAAGACGGCUAAGGUAGUGGACAUGGUGGGGCAGUGGUUGUUGGACGGGCCAUUGAAAGCAGAGGCUUAA